AUGGGGAAGCAAUAUGAAAAGAAGAUCACUUGGACGAUUAAGAAUUUCUCCUCUUCGAAUUCUGAGAAAAUUUGUUCGGAUCAAUUCGUUGUCGGUGGCUGCAAAUGGCGUCUUGAGGUGUAUCCCAAGGGAAAUGCUCAGUCUAAUUAUCUGUCUCUUAUUCUAGUGGUUACUGAUUCUGGAGCUUUGCCUUGUGGAUGGAGAAGACACACAAAGUUUCGCCUAACUGUCGUAAAUCAACUUCCAGAAAAACUCUCCCAAGUGCAAGAAGCACAAGAGUUGUAUGAUCAGAAGAAUCUCGCCUGGGGUUUCUUAGCAAUGCUUAACCUGACCAAACUUCAUGCCAAAGAUGGUGGAUUUCUGGUGGAUGGAGAACUUAAAAUUGUUGCCGAGGUGGAAUCUGUGGAGAGUCUGUUUAAAAAGCACCCAAACAUGGCAUCAAAACUCUGCCCAAAGAACUCACAUCUGAGAACAGCUUGCUUGAAUGUCCUACUUAGCCUGACUGAGAUUCUGUGCAAGUCCUCUCAAGAACUCUCCAAUGGUGAUCUGGCCGACGCAUGUUCUGCUCUGAGAUAUCUGACAAAAGCAGGCUUGAAGUUAGAUUGGUUGGAGAAGAAACUCAAAGAGGCUGGUGAGACUCGGAUGCAAGGAAUUGAGGAAGAGUUGAAGGACUUGAAGAAUAAGUGCUCAGACAUGGAUGCUCUUCUUGAGUUCUUAAGAUGA